AUGAAAGACUCCUCAAAUAUAGUUGUUGUUAAUAGAGGAUAUUAUGUGAAUAAGGAUGAGAGGGUCUGUCGAAGAUUUCUUCACUCCGCUCCAAUUGGUCGGAAGCGAGAACACCAACCUUUGGAUAAAGAUUUCAACAACAAUAGUCGUCUACACGACUAUCUUAGAUGCAAACAAUUCUGGCUACAUGGGACAUAUAAACAUGUUAAUCAGGUAACCAUGGCAACAGGUCAACGCAAUUUCAAAAGGGAGAGGACAAGUAUUUCUCAUUAUGGGUCUUCAACACCUACGUGUUAUUCAAGGGAACCAACCAACUUUUCGAGAAUCUCAUCGAGAAAUACAAUUACUCCAUUUCUGAUCACACAACAACAGAAAACAAAGAAUUGUUGGAUUACUGAACAAGAAAGAAGAGACCUCAGUUCAACAGCGAUCCGAGAACGGCUAAAAUCUGAACGGUCCAGAAGACGAUCUGCAAAAACAGACGAGAGCAAUGAAAGAUCACGUUGGCAAAGUGUUGUAUCGAUCGAACGAGACGUGGAACGGAAACCAAAUAUUCAGGCAAUCAAUCGUUUCCGAGUGGCGAUUCUAUGUGUACGGGUUCUUGUCCGAUGGUUACGAAUAAUAAUUGUCAUCAGUGACCGGAUGACGUCACGGACAGCCACAGAAGAACAAUGGUAUACCCUGUACAAUAGCAACGAAGCACGUGCUCUAGCUUUCAACAAAUCAAUGUUCGCGAGAGAACGAACAUUUGCGAAAGUGCCAAACUGGGCGAAAGAGAUUUUAAGCCAAGAACCGGAGGAACGGACAGAAACAGAUUGCCGGAGACUUCACGCUCUCCUUCGGGGACUAAAAAGCUUUGACAAAUUUACGGAAAAGAUACAAUUGUCAAUGUGCAGGGCCUUCCGAUACAUAAGUGUGGAGCACGGUAGAGUGAUUUUAAGGCGAGGACAUGUUGGUUUUAAUUUCUACUUUAUCUACUCCGGCUCUGUGUUUGUAAAUCUGGAGGACAGAAACAUCGACGGGAAGAAAUUUGAGAAAACCGAGACUGUUCUAGUACGCGGAGAUGCAUUCGGGGAGCUGGCUCUUCUUCAGGACAUUCGUCGUACAGCGUCCAUCACGUGCCGCGAGACAUGCGAGAUGUUGGUCGUUGAUAAGGACACAUUCGCGAAAGUGUGUCCUAAAAUCUUUGAAGAGGAACUAGAGGAAAAGGAACGCUUCUUAUGUCACCUGCCAUUAUUCAACAGUCGAGUAUGGACAAAAGAGAUGAUAAAACGAAUAUGUACAGAGGCUCAAAUUCAAGAAUACAAGACUAAUAAGGUGAUCGUGGUUGACAGUGACGAGGAAUGGAUUUAUGUUUGUAUGGAGGGGAAAUGCCAGAUCAUCAGGAGAGUGGCUUUAGAUAUAAAGACAAAUCAGAAGAAAUCCUCAGCGACAAAACGACCUUCCACACCAAUGUUGUCUGACGAGGUCCUGGACAUUCUUGGCAAACUGAAAACCAUACAGGACAACAAGAAUAAACAGGAGGCCGAAUCAGAUGAUUCUGAUGAUGAAAUCGGUAAAGAAAGAAUGCUUGAUUCUAUGUCUCUGGAGUAUCGUAAGGACGGCAGGACAAAGGACUACAUUAGCUCCCUAUUGGAACAGCGUCGUAGGCUUAUGAAAAAUCCGGACAAAGAGGCCGUAACUGAGAAAAAGGAAGUGAUGUCAAUAAAAGGGCCGAUAACUCUCACAUCAUUGAUGGCUCAGAACAAGAAAAGUCCAGACGGGAAAGACUAUGUAUAUCUGAAUGUCGGCUCUUUACAUAGUAAAGACAUUUUCGACUUGUUCUGUAUCAUGUAUCCGUCACGGCGUCCUGUUAACAGCACUAUGAUUUUAGUUAGUUUGGGAACCAGGAUGUUGAGAAUAAAGCGGAAGAACUUCUUCAACACUACCAGUCACGAAGCUCUUCUGCAUUCUAAACGACUUGCAAAAAAAGAAAGGUAUCCUAGCGAGGAGAUGCUCCUGAGGUCGUACCGUGAAAAGUCGGAUUGGGAUGAUUACAAAGCUGGUGUAGUGGCCGAAAUCGUGGCACCACACCUGAAGAAAAAUGGUAGAUUCUCAAAUAUUUCUAAAGAUCAAAUCAAUAUCAUGAAAGAAAGGAAUGAACAGAAAGAAAUUCUUCUAUCGACCCUACAAAAGAAUGUUGCCAUUUCUAAGGCAAUGAAGACUGAGGAUGAUGAUACAGAUGAUGACAGCGAUGAUGAAAAAUAUUAUUAUGGUGAUGAUGUUCCGAAACCGGUGUUUGUAUUGCCCCACCAAUUAACUAUGCACGUGACCUCAGAACCAAUUCAUUCAGAUCUUACUGUGGGUAGGAGAACUUCCAUUUUUACAAAACCAAGCUUCGUUCGUGAUUCUCCGGAAAGCGACACAGGACCAUAA